GCCUAAGUUGACUCCAAAUUCAGCGGUUUAGAACGUGCAUUUCUCACCAAACGCUGCGUUUACUCCAACCUACCAAGCAUAUCUGGAUUAUACACAGGUGAGCGACCGGCGGGGAUGGCAAGAGUGAGAUUGCGUUCGUCAAUCCUUGCGAUUCUUCGCGUUAUCUGGGCAGAUAUAGCGCAAUAGGAGCCUGAAUGCUAAAUAACAACCAGGGACGCUUGUCUUCGAAGCUAUCUAACUCAUUCAACAUCUUCCCACAGGCACUUGAACUUGCACGACAUCAAUUAUGGCUCUCCAACCAAGCCUUCGCCGUGCCCUUGUCAUUGCAGGUUCCUAUGAUGCACCUCACACCCUUGACAUCUUCCUGGACUAUGUCUGCCCAUUUAGUGCUAAACUCUCUUUGACAAUCGAGUCUGUCCUCAGGCCGUUCUUCGACAAAGGCGGGAAGUAUGAGGGCAAAGUGAAAGUCAUCUUCAGGAACCAAGUACAACCUUGGCACGCCAGUUCCACUUGGGUGCAUGAGGCAGGCCUUGCGGUGGCCCGUGUAUCCCCCGAGAACUUCUGGGCUUUCUCGCUUGCGUUGUUCAAACGCCAAGGCGAAUUCUUCGACAUCCCUACCUCGACUCUCACGCCUACCCAAGUUCGCCAGAAACUUGCAGCUCUCUCCGCCGAGGUGAUCGGAGCUAAUAGCAAGGAUGCAGUUCUGGAUUUAAUCACCCUCAAGACGAGCCCUAACGGUGGUGUGGAUGUUACGGAUGAUUUGAAGUAUACCAUCAAAUUCAGCAGGCAAAAUGGUAUCCACGUUUCCCCGACCGUCUUAUGGGAUGGUUUGGUUGCCAACGAGAUCAGCAGCUCUUGGGGAGAGAAAGAGUGGACUGAGUUCUUGGAAAAGAAAGUCCUCGUCUAAUAUUCAAAGUCUUCAAAUCGCGCCCUCCCCAGCACGAGAUAUUCAUCGCCACGGACGUUAUGUUGUAAGGUAGCCUAUGUAGGACCAGCAGAGGGCAUGGAAAUUGUACCAUAUAGACAUUCAAGUUGAGACAACGUCCCUUCAU